AUGAGCUGGGUAGCUAGAAGGGCUACGGACUACAGCUCACCGCAACAGUUCCAGCAGGAGAAUUUCCUGACCACAACCGAAACCGUACCAGACAGCACCUCAGGUUUCGCCGUUCGAGAGUCCCGUCCAACAUUGUCUCAGACCAGGGAUGAGGAUAAGUCCAACGGCUUUCUCAAGUCCCCUGAAAUGAAUUCCAAGGCAGCAAAAAUCGCCAACUCAAUUUCUCCUGAAGGUGGUCCAAAGUCACCACGCCCCUACUCAAGUAGAGAAUAUAUUGCUCUCCGCAAGCUCAAGUCCAUCAAUAACCUGAUGGAGAUAUUGGACGAAUGGACGAACUCUAAGAUAGACACGGCUGUCUACGCCCAUCACGCUUGCUCGCCGAGCAAUGGUUCACCCGCUAAGAGCACUGCACACAGCAGUAGCAGUGGGGAAAACAACUCUUCGUCACGGCGACUUGCCGGUCAGAAACGGUCGCUGCAAAGCGACGGCUCAGACGGCUCGGACCAUAGUGAUGAUGGCAACGGCAAAGGUCGAAGGGACACAAAGCGACCCAAGAAGGACUUUCCACGUAUUCGAAAGCUCGCUUGUCCGUACUUCAAGCAUGAUCCAGCCAGGUACCAGAAAGGCUCGUGUACGGGUCCUGGAUACACCACAAUCGCAAGGCUGAAGGAGCAUAUUUAUCGGUGCCACAAGCAGCCCGAACAUAGUUGUGCUCGAUGCCGUGAGGCCUUUCCCGACCGCGAGGCUUUGGACAACCACCUCCGAGCUGAGGAACCUUGCAAACUGCUGCGCCGCUUGAAAGCUCUCGAUGACAUUAGCGAGGCACAGUACCAGAAACUCAAAAAGAAAUCGUCGCCUAACAAACCCGCCGGAAAGAGGUGGGAAGAGGUCUACCGAAUUAUCUUCCCACUUGCGCAGGAAAUACCUACACCGUAUUAUGACUACGACGAGGGAAAGCCCAUGCUCCCCGUACCCAAGGAAAUUGAGCAGUACGACCAAUAUCUGCAAGAUGAGCUUGCGCCUAGAGUCCGCGAAGAACUCGAACGCCGUUAUGAUCGAUUCGAAGAAAAGAUCAAGGAUGCCUUCGUUGACAUCGUUCGAAGCGUCUUUGGAAACUUGUACCAGGAAUACCGUCAGGGACGAGGUGCAGCGAAGUCCCCGAAUCAGUCACGUCGGCUGGAAACUGCUCAAUUGGUUGAGCUGCCUUCAGACGUCGUGGACAGCUUCUGGUCUCCUGAUCUCUACAGCUUCCAGCCCUAUGAGGAAGCGUCGUUGCAGUUCUGUGCGUCCGACUAUCAUCAGCCCUCCACAAGCUUCGGUAGUGGUCUGGAUUCGGAGUACGGUUCAAUUACUCCACCAGACGGUUACUAA